GGGGGAAAAAAAAUCGAGAAGUGACGUGUGACGUCAUUGUCAGCAUCCCAUCACCGUAUUUCGCUGCUGAUGUUUUGUGUGUAUUGCCAAGUUAUGACUGGCAAAUUCUGUUGAUUUGGUUACCGUGACUGAAAUUGCUUGAUAAACGGCAGAGCCCACGUGAAGGACAUGCCAUUUCUCGGGACAAGCUCCCAAUUCCAGCAAGAUGUGGACAAAGCAACCAGUGAGCGGAACACAUCUGAAGACUGGGCCCUCAUACUGGACAUCUGUGACCGUGUGGGAACUCAACCUGGGGGACCAAAAGAUUGCCUGCAGUGUAUAAUGCGACGCAUGAAUCAUACAAUUCCUCAGGUUGCACUUCAGGCCCUCGUGCUGCUAGAUGCAUGUGUAAAGAACUGUGGCAAAAUCUUUCACCUGGAAGUGUGUUCGAGAGAAUUUGAGACUGAAUGCAAAAAGCUGCUAUCAAAGGGUCAUCCUAAAGUUGUGGAGAAAAUGAAAGGGCUUCUAAAGAAGUGGGCAGAAGAGGAUUUCUGCAAUGACCCACAACUCAACCUUAUCCCGUCUCUCUACAGCAAACUCAAGGGCGAUGGUCUUGAUUUUGGAGGUGCUUCUCCUGAAAAGCAGCCACAGAAGCAUAUUGAGGAGUCCAAGGCAAUAAUGAAGGAACAGGAAGAUUUGGCCCGUGCGAUAGAGCUGUCUCUGCAGGACAGCAGUGCCACUUCACCGAAGGGGAGCCUCUACCCUUCUGCAAUCUGUCAGUCAUCAGCAGCCACCAGUGCGCAGCCACCCAACAAUGCACAGACACGCAAAGUGCGUGCCCUCUAUGAUUUUGAGGCAGCUGAAGACAACGAGCUCACUUUCCGAGCAGGGGAAAUCGUCAUUGUAUUAGAUGACAGUGACUCUAACUGGUGGAAAGGAUCAAAUCAUCGAGGUGAAGGUCUCUUUCCUGCAAAUUUUGUAACUGCGGACGAGCCUGGACCAGUGAAAGAGAAGAAGAGUGUACAGUUCAAAGAGGAAGUCAAGGUGCAGACUGUGGUAGAGGCUGAAGUAAAUGAGAGCAAGAUGGAUGAAACUCUGCAGCUACUUCACGACGCAGAUCCCACAGGCGUGUGCCCAGAUGACCCGCAGCUUUGUUCCUUGGAAGAGCAGUGCCACCUCAUGGGUCCUCUGAUUGAGCAAGAGCUUGAAUGCAUUGACCGUCGUCAUGCUGCCCUUGCCACAUUGGGGCGGCAGCUGGCUGAUGCCUUUGCGCUCUAUCACAGCCUUGUGCGUGUACCACCAGUGCAACAAGGAUAUCUUCCACAGGUUGGACCAGAUGGAGUCAUAAGGCAGUUUGGCGUCCCUUCUGGACAGUUUGGACCAUCAAGUGUGGGGGACUGUGGAGAAAGUAUACAGCCUGAUGCUUGUGGUGUCUUUCCCAGUGUGGCAAACAAUUCAGGAUCAGUCGUUCACACAUCAGAAGGCCCUGUGGGGACAGCAGGCGUCCAAGUAGCUGGAGCCCCUUCCCUUCCGUUUGGCUUUCCACAACUCUUAUGAUGGAUGUUCUCAAGAAAAGUGCAAUAUUAUGGACCUGCUGCUGCUUACCUCUACAUAAAGUGGCAAUUGUUAUUGCAGCAGCCAUGGAGGGCUUUUUUCUUUUUCUACUACAGUGAUUGGAUGUAAUAAAAGAAAAGGCUGUGUACAAAUUCA